AUGCCUUCAAUAAAUAUUUUAAUUAUUUCUAUUUACUUCAUUUUUUUAUUAUUUCAAUUCAGUGCAAGUCAACAAUGUAGUAAACAUGGAUCAGAUUGCAGUGAUAGUAAAUGUUGUAGUGGUCUAAAUUGUAAAAAUACAAGAAUAAAUCUUGGAAACUUUGAAUAUAAAUGCUUCAAAGGUAAUUGUGUUCACGAAGGUAAUAAAUGUGAUGAUAAUGGACGAGGUUGCUGUUAUGGUUUGAAAUGUAAUAAUCUUUCUUCUAAAUGUGAAAAAUGCAAAGUUAAUGGUUCAGAUUGUAAGUAUUCAUCUGAAUGUUGCACAGGACACUGUGAUAGCAAUAUACUCAAAUGCUCUUCAUACUCAUAA